CAACCCAACUGACACUCACAGGAAAUGUUGUGUGACUGCCAGUGAAGGGGCUGGGGAUCUGGAGAGGGAUGCACUCACCACACUUAGCUGCCUUCACUCCUUUUCUAUAUUAAAGCCUCUGUCAUUUUGCUAAUGAAAAAUCCAGCUUCACUUUUUUGGGGGCUACAGGAACCCUUGAAAUGAAAGUGACUAUUCUGAUUCCCGAUUCAGCAGCACAGGAAAGCAGUUAAGAUGUUAUCUCCGGCUCAUUUUCAGCUUGGAUUCAAUCGCAGCUGAGUGGAACUGUUACUGCUCUGUGGAGAGGAAUUUGGAGAUAAUCGCCAGUAGACUCAAUCACAGAUAUGUUACACCCUUACAUUUUUCCCUGGAAUCUGGAGCUGUGCACUGCUCACACUCAUAUGUGCACUUUGUAGGAGCUUGUUUAAAGUGUCACAUCCCUCCGGCAGAGCUGAACUCCAACACAGCACUGAUCCUACCAGGGUGGAUAAGAAUUCCCAUUGGAAAGGGGGCAUAGGAUUUUCUGCAAUGGGCUGUUUCUCUGCAGGGUGCUUGUAUCUCCUCACAGCCUUGCUGAAGCUUACGGAAUCAUUUAAUGUGGAUGUAAAGAAUGGACUUUCAUUCAGUGGUUCGGCUGAAGAUAUGUUUGGAUACACAGUUCAACAAUUUGAAAAUGAUGAGGGCAAAUGGGUACUUAUUGGGUCUCCUUUGGAAGGACAACCAAAACACAGAAUGGGAGAUGUUUACAAGUGUCCGGUUCACAUGCCAUCCAAUUGUUCAAAACUUAACCUACCAAGAAAUACAAGCAUCCCUGACAUUAUUGAAGUAAAGGAAAAUAUGGCCAUGGGGUCAACUUUAGUGAAAAAUCCUAAAGGCGGUUUUCUGGCAUGUGGUCCCUUAUAUGCUUACAGAUGUGGAAGUUUUCACUAUACAACUGGAAUCUGCUCCAAUGUCAGUUCUUCAUUUGAAGUUUUAAAUGCCAUUGCUCCAUCAGUCCAAGGGUGCAGUAAUCAGCUAGAUAUUGUGAUAGUCCUUGAUGGUUCAAAUAGUGUUUACCCAUGGGAGAGUGUCAAUUAUUUUUUACAGAAGCUUCUAAAAAAUAUGAACAUAAAUCCUAACCAGACUCAGGUUGGCAUAGUUCAGUACGGGGAAAAUGUAACUCAUGAAUUUAACCUGAAUACUUACGAUUCAACGGCCAAAGUGCGACAGGCAUCCCUGGGAAUUAAGCAAAGAGGUGGAUCUCAGACAAUGACAGCUCUUGGUAUUGACACAGCAAGAAAGGAAGCAUUUACCGAAGCAAGAGGGGCACGAAAAGGAGUAAAAAAGGUUAUGGUGGUUGUAACAGACGGGGAGUCACAUGACAAUUACAGACUAAACAGCGUUAUCAAAGAGUGCGAGACAGAUGACAUUCAGAGAUUUUCUAUUGCAAUUCUGGGAAGCUACAACAGAGGGAAUUUAAGUACAGAGACCCUUGUAGAAGAGAUAAAAUCCAUUGCCAGUGAGCCUAAAGAGAAGCAUUUCUUUAAUGUCUCGGAUGAGUUGGCUCUUUUAAAUAUUGUGGAAUCUCUGGGAGAAAGGAUAUUCGCUCUUGAAGCUACAAAUGAAGAACGGGCAUCAUCUUUUCAAAUGGAAAUGUCACAGACUGGAUUGAGCGCUCAUUAUUCAAAGGACUGGGCAAUGCUUGGCGCUGUUGGAGCAUAUGACUGGAAUGGAACCGUGGUUAUGGUGAAUUCUGAUGCGACUUUAAUACCCAAUAACCAAACAUUUAGAAAACGAACAGAUGAAAAGAAUGAACCCCUGGCAGCUUACCUUGGCUACACCUUGAGUUCUGCAUCAGUACAUGGAGAAGAGAUCUAUAUUGCAGGACAACCCCGAUACAACCAUUCUGGCCAAGUGAUUAUUUAUAAAUUGAAUGGAGAGGAAAUUGAGGUACUGCAGACAUUAAAUGGAGAACAGAUUGGAUCAUAUUUUGGCAGCGUGCUUACAACAGUGGAUGUGGAUGGAGAUUCAAUUAGCGACAUACUUAUCGUUGGAGCUCCAAUGUAUAUGGGAAGUGCCAAACAAGAACAAGGAAAGGUGUACGUGUAUAGAAUUCAUGGGAAAGAAAUGCACUAUCAGAUGAGUUUGGAGCCAUUAAACCAGACUUGCUGCUCUCAGCAGAAAGAUAUCAGCUGCCAGAAUGAGAACCAGAACGAGCCAUGUGGCUCUCGGUUUGGGACGGCAAUAGCAGCUGUAACGGAUUUAAAUUUGGAUGGGUUUAAUGAUGUCGCUAUAGGAGCCCCGUUAGAAGGGGAUCAUCGGGGGGCUGUUUACAUUUAUCACGGCAGUGGGAAAUCUAUAAAAGAAAACUAUGCUCAGCGUAUCCCAUCAGGGGGUGAUGGAAAGAAAGUCAGAUUUUUUGGACAGUCUAUUCAUGGUGAAAUGGAUUUAAAUGGAGAUGGUCUGACUGAUGUCACUAUUGGAGGACUUGGGGGAGCAUCCCUUUUUUGGUCUCGGGACGUUGCCGAAAUAACAGUAACCACAGAGUUUACCCCAAAUGCAAUUAAUAUUGAAAAGAAGGACUGCACGGUCAGCAACAGACCUACCGUUUGCAUUAAAGCAAGGUUUUGUUUUAAUCUACUGCUAAAGUCUGGUGAGGACAAAAAAGCUAGUUCAGAUAUCAUCUAUACCAUCACAUUGGACUCACCCCGAUACGCCUCUCGAGUCUUAUUCAAUGAUUCUCAGGAUAGGAAGUUCCAAGGGGUUAUGGGACACAAAGGGAAUUGUCUGAAUCAUGACUUUUAUACGGUGGAAAAACCUGAUUUCUUGAACUCCAUUAACGUCUCGGUUGAAUUUAAUUUUCCUGACCCAGAAAAAGGCCCAGUUCUCAGCAGUGAACUUCCAAACUUUUAUAACUCAUACAUUCCUUUCACAAUGGAUUGUGGAUCAGAACAGAAAUGUAUUACUGACUUAGUCCUAGAUGCUGAAAUAAGUAUGGAUGGAAUCAGCUUUAAUGAAGCAAUUGUGAAGCCCACAAAGGACAAGUUCAAUCUGACUCUGACGGUUAAGAAUAUGAAGAAGAGUGCUUAUAAUGCCAGGGUGAUUGUCAAAUAUUCCCCAAACAUUAUACUGGCUGCAACUGAGGAUAAGCAGAAAGUGAGCUGUGAAUCGGAUCAUGAUGUUACGUGCAAAAUAGGAUAUCCUUUCCUGAAGAAGGAUGAAAUGAUUUCAUUCAAAAUCACAUUCCAGUUCAACUCCUCACAUCUUUUGGAUAACACCUUUAUAUUUGUCAAUGCAACAAGUGACAGUGAAGAGAAGCCAGAAACACUGAUGAACAAUAGGAAGAACAUUACAUUUACGGUGAAAUAUGAAUCCUGGCUGACAUUUGUAAGUUCUACAAAAGAGUUUCAUGUUCCGAUUGCAGCAAACGACUCUAUACCGGCAACAAUCAAUUCCACUGAAGCCAUUGGGGCGGAAGUGAAUAUACACUAUGUGAUUAGGAAGAAUGAUUUUAUUCCCAUGCCAAAGGUUUCAUUCCGUCUUUCAUUUCCCUACAAAACACCAGACAAUAAUAUUCUCCUAUAUCUCACCAACGUAUCCUUCUCUCACAAUGUUAAUUGCAGCUCUGACCUAUUGGAUCCACUGAGCAUAAAUUCUGGAAAAACAUACACAAUGCCGGAGUUCAAAGAGAAUUUAAGAGACACGAUAUUGGACUGCAAAAGAAGUAAAUGCAGCUCAUUUGAGUGCACAGUAGAGCCAGCCAAUGAUACUCACAUCAACGUGUCACUAAGGGUCUGGAAAUCAACUUUUAUAAAGGCCAACAUUCACAAUCUUAAUCUUGUUCUGAACGCAAAGCUGCAAAGUGAGAGCUCGUUGCUGGUCUUAAACCCCGGGAGUAGGAAUUAUGAGACAAUGAUUAAAAUAUCAAAAGAAUUGGAGCAUGGAAAAGUGCCCUUCUGGGUUAUUCCUCUUAGCAUUAUCAUUGGCCUACUGAUAUUAGCCCUGAUCAUAUUUGCAAUGUGGAAGACUGGAUUUUUCAAAAGGCCACUAAAAGAAAAGAUGGAAGAAUGACAUUUUUGCCUUUCCUUUUGGUCAUACUUGAACACAGCUGGAUUAUUAUAUUUGGUUUAAUGUUUCCAAAGAAGCACAAGGAUAAACGUUAAAAGACAUUUAUGAACAGUUCAUGGAUAAUUGACAAAAAGUGACAGAAUCUGGAACAUUCAGUGCGGCUGAUCUAUGCUAGACCAGCGUCUAGAAGAAACCAACUGCAACAAAAGCAGUGUUCAAAGGAGGUGACGCUUGGCAAGUUCUGCUUGACAACUCUACAGUAUAAACAAGGAUGCAAUCACAUUAUUUUAAGUGUUAAGGCCUGUAGGAUCCAAGGAGACUAGGCCUCAUAAAGACCUCAGGGGAAAAGAGUGUCACCAAAAAAUGGACGUUGGACCAUUUCAAACACAUAUCAGUGGAACAUUAUUUUCUAGAUGGACUACUAGGCCAAAAAGAAAAGUUGACUGUGCUUUCUAUUUUUUCCUUUUCUUUGGACUUUAGUUAUAUUUUUAGACAAAGCCGUUUGUAUUUUUUUAUUCUACUGGAGAUGUUAAACUUAUUUCAUGAGUUGGGUUCUUUAUGUGGCAGCAUUAUAAAAAAAAUAACAGAAGAUGAUUCUGAAGAUGGGUGGUAGAAACUGUCUACUAACUCCCAGUCAGCAAUAGAAGAUACUACAUUCUGCAGCUUCCCUGAGUGAUGGAUGAAACAGAUUUAAAGGCAAAAAGCACUUGCCUUUUGCUCAGACAUUGCCAGAAUUGUUUUAGCUAGGCCAUAAUAUUCCGCUGUGGUGCAGCUUUAGCACACACCCCAACCCUCACUGAAGAGCAAUGCUGUCCAACUGAAAGCCGAUAGGCUGUUGAGGUCCUCAAAUGUUUUAUUGCCCAAUGCCUGCCCAUGGGAUUGAGGGACAUACAGUAUUAGUAUCACAUCACUAUGGUUCCCUUUUUGUUUUUGGGUCCUAACAAGAGAACCUUUCCAGAAAAUAAAUGCCCCUAGCAAUACAAAGGGCAACAUCGCCAAAACUAAAUCAAUUAAGAACAAUUUACCGACUGCUCCUCCACUGGUCUUGGGCCACCAUAAACCUGGGUGUUGUAGGCCAACAAUUGAAAAGGUGCACGAUGUAAAUGUGCUACUAUUUCAACAGUUCAAAGUGUGCUUUUCUGAUGACUACUGGUAGAUCAAGGCAGAAGCGACAGACAUUGAGCAGACUGACUCUUUUGAGAAGUGGUUCUCCAAACAUGAAUUGGACAACUCCAGGGCAAAAACUGUCAUAUCCACUGUCUAAAAACUGUAUAGUCAUAGGUUUCAGUCUAGAUUAAUGUAUAAUUUGGUGACUGUCUCACUCUUCUGUUUUUAUAAAAUCCACAUUAAAUCCACAAGAUUAUUUUUUUUUGCAUAUUUGUAUAUGCCCAGCUAGAUUUUCAUAGUGCAUAAAUAUUAGGUAAAUGUCUUCCUUGUAGAUAUGCUUAUGUUGUGUUAUUGGGGCAUCUUAGGUACCAUAUGUAAUACUGUAGGAAGCUAUUUUUUAAUUGUAAACCUAGAAGUUAACUACUGUACACCCUUAAUGGAUGUAGAGUCAUUUCCAUUUACAGUAUUUGACCUUAAAUACACUGCUUGAUUCUGUCCAGGAACCCCUGGAAACAAUUACUAUAGGGCAGAAAACAAGAAGCCUAUGAGUAAGUCAUAGACCAUAGAAAAUGUUAUUCAACCAAGGUCUUUGGUUAACAUUGUAGCACUCGGAUAGCUUUUGGGUUGGGGCCAGUCAAAUUGCUGUUACUGGAGCAAUAUCACCUUCUUUGUAUGACCACUUGAUGGUGCUGUUCUGCUGCCAUAUAGUUACACUUAAUUUUAUAUAUUUAUGAAACUGUAAUAGUUAGAAAAUACUAUCAUACACUCUUAAACACAUAGCGAGGAACAUGGCAGCUCACAGGAGGUACCAAUUAAAAUUAGGUUCAGCAGUGAAUUAAGAUAUUGGUCUUUGUUUGAUUAAUUGUGAACCUUAUUUAUGUUUAUUUAUUUAAAAAAAAGUGUUGUGCUGCCAAACAAUAGAGACACUGCCAAAUCCAGAGCAGUAUUUUUAUUUAAAAAAAAAAACAAAGUACCCCAUUUCCUUAUGUUGUGACAAUGAUUGGAUCAACCCAUUGGGAAAUGGGGGAUUCCAUGGGCAGAAAUAAAGAUGUCUUUCAACCUAAAUAUGUAGGCAGAAAUGGCCAUUUCACAAACAGUUGCCAAAGACUAUGUAUAGAGGGGGCUGGAUUAAGAAUUACACUGAUUUUAUGUUGUUUUUUUACACGUCGAAGCCUGGCGAGUUUUGUUGCUGUUUUUUACACAGCAUAAUAAAUCUGCCCCUUGAAUUUUGUAUCAGGUUCUAUAGGGCUGUAGAUAUGGUUCAUGAUUUUCCAUUGUUUACAUCAAUAUAGAAUUACAUGCAAGAGAAAGUUUUGUUGAAGUAGAAACAAAGACACAGUACAUAUGUAUAAUUGCCUGAUAGCAGGCAUUGGGAUAUACUUAGUAUGCUAGCACACCUUGAGACGUAACUACAGCUUCAUAAGAAGUUGCUACAACUAUCUGAGCCAAGGUCUCUUACCUGAGAUCUAGCAUUAGUGGCAGAUCAUAUAUCCUCAAGAUGAUACACAGAUCUGUUGUGCAAAUGAACCUUAACUAAAAUAGAAUAAAAUUAGGAAAAGGAAAUCUAUAUAAAGUGAUAACAUCCUUUUAAAUAUAGGAAGAUUCUAGAAAAGGUAAAAAUAGUCAUAAGAUUUAGUGGGAAAGAGCUGGUGAAGCAAAGGAGAGUUUUAUGGUGGGAGAAGUGGGUUUUUGGGAUAGGGAUGGAGAAGAUGGAGUUAUGGGUUGUAUAGAGUAUUAACACAGUACUGAAUAUAGAGUGCCAAACAAACGUAAUGGGGACAAAUAACCACUGUAGGUAGAAGCUGAUGUAUAAAGCUGUAAAUAUAAAACAAAAUAGCUCUGGUCACAAUUCACUGUUAGAAUUUUUUUAUAAUUUCCUUUUGGGUCCACUUAUGAAAUAUUGUGUUACCUUUUAUAUUAAAAAUGAAUGUGAGUCACUGCAGUAUGUCAAUAAAUAAAGCUAUAUCUUUCUGGUGAUUGAA